AUGGUUAUGACGAAGAGUAGCAAAAUGCUUAACUACAUAAAUUACCGCAUGAAAGUGACGCUUCAGGAUGCGCGAGUUCUCAUCGGAUAUUUCAUGGCUUUUGAUAAGCACAUGAACCUAGUGCUGGGCGACUGCGAGGAGUUUCGCACCCUUAAGUCUAAGGUCAAGUCAGCGAUAUUAGAAGAACGUGUUGAAAAGCGCCAUCUGGGGCUCGUGCUGCUAAGAGGUGAGAGUGUCGUUUCACUUACGGUCGAGGGUCCACCCCUUGCAAACGAGAACGAGACUGUCGGACCAAACGGUCCAGGUAUGGCGCGGGCAGCAGGACGUGGUAUCCCAGCAGCACUAAUGGGUACUCCCCCUGUGGGACUAAUGGCUCCCAUGCGUGGUAUUGGUGGUCCCGCUCCAGGAAUGAUGCAGCCAGGACAAGUGGCAGCGAUGGCGCAGCCGCAAGCAUACGGACGAGGUCGUGGAAUGCUUGGACCUCCCAGUGGCUUGAUGCCACCACCUCGGCCUAUGCCAGGCAUGGGAAUGCCGCCUCCGGGUAUGGGCCCGCCCCCCGGAAUGGGAAUGGGACCACCACCAGGCUUGCGUGGUCCUCCAGGGCCGCCACCUGGCAGGCGCGGCCCGCCAGGGCAGUAG